GUACUGUGUCCUGUGGCGUCUUUUCAAGGGAAGAGGGGACUCAAGUGGCCGGCUGGCCAGCUCACCAACAACACGAGACGGUCUAAAGACAGAAACAAACAACAUCAUGAAGCUAACGCUAACCUUUAUGUUCGUACUUGUGGCUUCUUGGCCAAUGGUACUCUGCACCAAGGAGGAGCCCAUGUCCGAAGACCCUCACCUCCUUCAGGUUCCCGCCGUCGAGGCCCGCUCCCGCUUCGCCGCUCUGGACGACGUGCGUCUCCUGGCCAAUGGUCUCCUCCAGCUUGGCCACAGCCUCAGGGACUUCGUCCACAAGACCAAGGGCCAGAUCAAUGACAUCUUCCAGAAACUCAACAUAUUCGACCACUCCUUCAACCAGCUCUCUGUGCUGGCCAGCGAGAUCAAGGAGGAAGAGGAGGAGUUGAAGAAGACCACGGUGGUGCUCAAGGCCAACAACGAGGAGAUCAAGAGCCUAUCGCUGGAGAUCAACUCCAAGGUGGAGAGCAUACUGCAGGAGCGUAGCCAGCUUCAAAGCAAGGUGGGCGGGCUGGAGGAGAAAUUGAGCGGCCUGUCUCAGGGCCUGGUGCCCGCCGAGCAGCUGGUUGAGAUCAGCACACUGAAGGAUGUGAUCCACACCCAGGAGAGAAGCAUCGCUGAGCUGCUGAAGGCUGUGAAAGAGCAGAGCGACCAGCUUGUUCACCAGAGGAGCAAGAUCAAGACUCUGGAGGAGAAGCUCACCUAUAACCCUUUCAUGCAAGAGACCAUUGAGAAACCAUCUGACAACUUCCAGUCUGUCAUGCCGGACCUCACUGGGUAUCUGACCAACACCUCUGCAAAUGGCAGCUUUGACAUGACAGAUCUUCCAUCAGACUGUUGUGAGCUAUUUACCAGGGGCGAGAGAGCCAGUGGAAUGUACACCAUCAAGCCUAACCAAUCCGAGCCCUUCAUGGUCUACUGCGACAUGGAUCAAGAUGGAGGGGCUACUAUAAUCCAGAGAAGGAAGGAUGGGUCCGUGAAUUUCGAUCAGAAUUGGGAGAAGUAUGAAAACGGAUUUGGAGACUUUCAAGGGGAGUUCUGGCUGGGUCUGAAGAAGGUCCACUCCCUGGCUAGUCAAGGUGACUCUUUCCUGAACAUCCAACUGGAGGACUGGAAACAGGGCAAACGCUUCAUCGAAUACAACUUCUCUCUGGAUGGACCAGAGGCCCAGUAUACUAUCCACCUCUCACAGGCAUCCGGAAAUCUGCCUGAUGCAAUGAGCAACCGUACCGGUACGAAGUUCUCCACUAAGGACCGGGACAAUGACAACCUUGAAGACUCACACUGCGCUUACACCUACACAGGUGGCUGGUGGUUCAAAGCUUGUGGAGACACCAAUCUGAACGGGAGAUACAUCCACGUGAGACCCAAGGGACAUUCAGAGUGUAGGAGGGGAAUCCACUGGAAGCCCACCAGAGGGGCCUCCUACUACCUCCGAUCCACCCAGAUCUCCAUUCGCUCCACCCCCACCACUACGGCCACCUCAACCUCCUCAGAAACAGGCAACUUCCGCUGAGAACAAACAUGGACGUAUGGACAGAAACAAGACAUUGACCAACCUUUGGCAAAGAUACAUGUGACUGACAGUCCCUGACAACAAGGCCUUAAGGAGAUUUAGGAGUCCAGUUUAGUCAGGUCUCUUCUGUCGACUGCACAGUGGGACCACGUUGAUUAAACAGGACUCUAAGCCACUGUUUGUCUUAUAGCUAAUCUAAAAAGGACUCGCUUCUCUUCUCCCCUUCAACAUUAAAGGCUUUGGGACACAAGGAACCAAAUGAAUUGUCAACCAUUUUUAUACUCAGUUUAGCGUUGUAAUUUUGGGGUGAAAUUGAUUGAUAACAUCCUCCUAUUGUUACAUGCAUUUGUGGAAUCCUAUAGAGCUCUCGUUCAAGCAUUGUAAACUAUGCAUUAACGGUGGGCGGUAUUCAUACCUGUGAUCUGCGCACAAACCUCGUAAAUAUGCAAAGCCUACAUAAUUCUUUCAUGUCAAAUUUGUGUUAAACGUGCAUAUCUUAAGUCUGAAUAUAACCAGGUAUGAAGUGGUGAGGAAUUGGAUGGACAGCACACAGGCAUCCACCUUAAUGACAGCAGUUAUCACCGGGGUCUUAGUCACAUUGACUCUCAGCACAUCUGUACUGUAAAUACUGUAUUUUUGUUACUAUUUUUACAGUUCUGGAAAAUAAAUCAUAUUUAUGACA